GUAUCGCCCACUCAUGAACUCAACAUGGAGUCGCUGGUGCUGCGAAAAUCAUUGUUGUGAAAUGUUGAAUAAAGUCCAGAAGAGGCGAUAAAACCAUUGAGAGACUAACGUGUACGCCCAAUGAACGGUACCGGAGGAACAGCGACGCUGAGGACUGUGUGAACCCUGCGCGCGGCCGCUAACGGGACCCGGUGUAACGUCACUGUUUGAUGCAUGAGUUUGCACUUGAGCUGCUAACGUUGGACGGUGUGACAGCCUGGUGACUUAAAUGUGAGCUGUGUGUCUGUGUGUGUGUGUGUGUGUGUGGCAGACACAGAUGGACCUUUCCGGACAAAUCACCGGGGUGUACGGGGAGGUCAGCUGCCUCCCUACGCCUGUUUCUGCCCAUGUGAGUGAGGAGCAGCUCCCCGAGCUCCGGAUCUACACUGUGGCCACAGAGUGGAGUCAGAGCGACCUGGUCCGAGGCUCCAGACUUCGCUACUCGCAGCAGUGGACACUGAUCAGAGACAGCAACGAGCACAAGAGCAUCAGGACCGUCCUCCCACCAGGACCCUGUGUGCCUGUGUCUAGAGAGUUACUGAGUGGACUCUCUCCCAUUCGCGGCCUGAGGGCCGUUGUCAGGGAAACCAUUGGGCACCAGCUCCUAGAGAUAUGGGACCAGCACUGCCUCAGGAAAUGCCUCAACCUGACUGCUCUCAACAAACACGGCAGAGUGUACGACGACGCCCAGUUUGCUGUCUGUCAUGGUCAGAGUGUGAGAACAAACGCUGUAUGUAGCCGAGAAGAGCACACAUGUGAGGAGUUGCAUGCAGGACGGGACAGGAGUGUGUACUGUGAAGACUGGGGCGAGGCUCUGACCAAUAAGAGCGUUCCGGUGAUGUGUGUGGUGAAUAUGCAGAGCGGCUCUGUCACCGUGCUGCAGGGCGUCCCGCCUGACGUCUCACCUGGACAGGCUUUGUGGGCUCCCGGCAGUCAGUCUGUGUUUUUUGUUGGUUGGUACCACGAACCCUUCAGACUUGGACUGAAGUAUUGCUCCAACCGCAGGUCAGCGUUAUUCAAGCUCGACCUGGAUGGGAACUGUGAGUGUCUGUCUGGGGACAACCUGUCUGUGUCCUGUCCCAGGCUGAGUCCAGACGGGUCCACGCUGAUCUACCAGCAGGGUCAAGUGUUUGGUCCUCACAGCCAGUGCCUCAGUCUGCAGCAGUUGGACCUGAAGAGCGGGAAGACGUCCACACUGUUGGAUGUUGUCAACAGACCGCAGACUGGUGAGUUUGCAGGUGUGUAUGAAGCUCUACCGCCCUGCUGCUGGUCUGCAGACAGUCAGAGAGUGGUGUUCAGCAGCGCCCGCAGAAACUGGAAGCUUUCACGUCCUUCCCCUUCUUACUCUCACCUUCCUCCUCCUCCCCCUACUUCCCCUUCUCCUCCUCCAGAUCCUCUUCCUGAUCCUCCUCCUCCUCUCCUUCCUCCUCCUCCUCCUCCACCCACUCUUCAUCAGGAACACAAGCGAGAACAGGAAGGUCUCUCUGAUCUGUCCAAACCUUAUGGCAGCUGGAAGCUGCUCACAGUACAGAAGGACCUGAUGGUUGUCUUCUGCUCCAGCCCCAACACACCUCCCAGUCUGAGGGUGGGUUUCCUUCCUUCAGCAGGUGAGGCUGUGACCUGGCAAACCCUGCAGCAGCCAAUCAUGACCUUUGACUUCCACUGGACAGUUCUAGAUGUUACACCUCCACAAGACGAGGACAACGCACACUACUCUGGUUUAGACUUUGGGGCUGUGCUGGUUAAACCGUCUCGUCUCCUCCAUGAAGCCAAGAUACCUCUGGUCGUCUUCAUCCAUGGUGGCCCCCACUCCCAGUUCCCAGCAGAGUGGAACAGCACCACAGCUGGACUGGCUAAACUCGGCUUCGCUGUGCUCAUGGUGAACUACAGAGGAUCCACUGGGUUUGGCCAGGACAGCAUUUUGUCCCUAAUCGGUCAGAUCGGAAGCCAGGAUGUGAAAGAUGUGCAGAGGGCCGUGCUUACUGUGCUGCGGAUGGACAACACCCUUGACCCCAAACGCUUGGCUGUGAUUGGUGGUUCUCAUGGAGGUUUCCUAUCUUGUCAUCUGGUCGGUCAGUACCCAGAGUUCUACAGAGCGUGUGCGGCCAGGAACCCUGUCAUUAAUGCUGCUACGUUAUUGGGCACCAGUGACAUAGUAGACUGGCGUUACACCAGUGUGGGGUUUCAGUACUCAUAUGACCAGAUACCCACUGCUGAAGCCCUGGCUGCUAUGUUAGAGAAGUCCCCCAUCAGACAUGCUGCUCAGAUUAAGGCUCCAGUGCUGCUGAUGCUGGGGGGCAGAGACAAGCGAGUGUCUCCUCACCAGGGUCUGGAGCUCUAUAAAGCUCUGAAGAGCAGAGCUUUGCCUGUCAGAUUGCUGUGGUUUCCAGAAGAUGGACAUUCUCUGUCCAGGGUGGACACACAGGUCGACUGUUUCCUCAACACAGUGCUGUGGCUGCAGCAGCAUCUCUGAACAUACACACAAACUGUGAUGAUUUGCAAUCUUGAACACACCACUGCCUUUUUAACAACAACAAACACAUUCUGCAUGUUACAAUGUACCUGAUUUUGUAAAAACAUUUCAAAGAAAAUCUUACAAACCUAUAUUCAAGUAAAAAGUUUGUCAUGAUUGGUUAUUCAAUGCUGCAUGUAAAGUGUCACAACUGUUGUCACAUUUAUAACAACUGAUUAAAAAAACUCAUUAUACAUAUAUAUGUAUAUACAUUAUAUACUCAUUCAUCUGCCAAGAUCAGUACUUAAUUUUAAGCUGGAUGAGACAGGUUUCCGUAUGCAGUCUUGCAAUAUUUUCCUUCAAAUGUAAUUAUAAUACACAGUAAAUGUAGUGCACACAAUGUCCAGCAGAUGGCCCCCUCUGCCUUUCAUAACACUUUUCCUUUUCUCUAACCAUUUAUUCCAUUAAAAAUUAAACCUUUUAUCUUACCAACUUAACAAUAUGUAUAUGUAGCUGUUCGAUUUAGAUAAAUGCAUAAGACCAGUGUGACCUUCCUGGUGGCCGUAUCACUCACUUUCCCAUCAAAUAGAUCCAGAGUUCAAAGUGUAACUUAAACAGCCACAUUUCAAAAAGUGACAUCUGAAGCCUUGUAACCACCCAGACCCACUACAGAGCUGUAAACCACCCAAACCACUCGAAACCUCAUCCGGAGUCUUUUAUUGAGGCUCUUGACCACCUUCCUCACAGGGCUGCCCAAACAAAUAAUCUACUCUAACCCUUCAGCCAAGAUCUGACAAAGCAAUCCCUUCCUGUCUCUCUCCCUCAGUUCUGGAUUUCUUAUCAUGGCGAUCAGCUCUUGAGAAACAUGACUGUCUCUUUUGCUUGCUAGAUAUUUACAUGUCCUCACCAUACACUUGUUUACCUCAUCUUCUCUACAUUUGACACUGGACAGGUCCCCCCCCCAUUUCUGGGUUUCUUGUCAAACAUAAGGCUACACACAAAUUGUAAGGUCAACAUUACAUAUUUGAAUUCUCGACCUCUCAGCAAACCAACCACCCAUGCAAACUCCAACUUGGAUCUCAAAGCUGUAUUGUCACAAACAAACAGAGUCCUUGUUAAAAGAACACAGACAAAAUGGGAAGACAUCUUAGACAUGGGGCAAGAUGAGGCUUGAUAGCGGCCUUGAACAGUCCCACCACUUUCCUUUCCCAGACAACCCAAGUGGGCAUUCGCUCAGUCGAUACUGGCGACAAAUUAAGUUAAACAUGCAGAUUUUGAGAGAUUAAAUGCCCGAGAUGACACAUGGAGGUGGUUGAUGUCUUCCAGAAAUUACCUCUCAGCAGUUUCACCCUGGUGUCCCAGACAUAGCUGUGGUGUUAAUUGUUCCCUCCACCAACACUUUUGCUCUGUGGCCCUGACUGCAGCUGCCGCCUGAUGAAGUCACUAAUGUGGGUGUUGGGUGAGGUCACCAAUUUGAAAGAUGGAGGGAGAAAAGGAUGGAGACUGAGAAAAAGAGAGGGAGACUCUGUUGAUGAGGAAGUGACAUAAAGAAAAGAGGAAUGAGACAGAGGUGACUGGGUGUUGGAGACAAUGAAUGAGCCAGAUAGAGGGAGAAGUUCAUGGCGCCCCGUUGUGGUAUUCUGGUGUGUGGGCUGGGGCACAGAGAUGAAGCAUUGUUGAAAGCUGAAGACGGGAUGGACUCAUGCUCAUGCUGGGUGUAUGUAGGAGGUAGACAGACAAAGGGAGGAGAAGAGUGCAAGUGUGCUUUCUGUUGCUGGGGGACAAAGAGCCUUUUGGAGUUGGUUUGUUCUGGUGCUUCCCCUCUCCAGCUGGCUGCAAAGAAAGAUGGAGAAAAGUAGAGCAGAGGACGGUGGAAAAUAGCUGAACAGAACAGGUCAGGGGAGAGCAAGGUUGGGUUACAUUGUCCUACGGACAGACGGCAGUGAGUGAAGGCUUCAUUUCCUAGGGAGCAUGAAUUCACUCACCAAAUGUCAUGGUAAAUCUUCCUUUUAGAAGACAUUUUGGCCUGAGGAUGGAGCUAGAGGGGAGUUCAUGGAACGUGCAAAUGGAAAGUGUUCAAUCUUUGAGCAAAAUGAAUGAGCCUGGAACAUUUUAUGGCAAUCUGCAAAUUAGAUUUUAAUUCUUCUUCGUUUUCAAACAAGUGGAAACUUUGUCCUGAUGUUGGUGCAGUCACCAAAAACAUCAUCCUCUACUACCAUUUAGUGCUGUAAAUAACCAUUAAUCAUUCAUUGGCAGUCUUGCAAGUGCUUUGGAUCAAAUUGUUAUCUCCCUUGGAUAAAGUUUGACAUUUUGGAAAAUAAACUUUCUUGCCAAUAGUUAGUUUUGAAGAUUGAUGCCACAUGUCUGUAUGCCAAGUAAGCUACUACCAGCAGCUGGUUAGCUUAGCUUAGCACAAAGACUGGAAAUUGGGAAGCAUUUAGCCUGGCUGUGUCCAAACGUAACAAAAUAUGACCACCUCUAAAGUAGCAAGUAUCAUCUUGGUUGUUUAAUCCGUCCAAAUCGUCAAGUUAUGUUUUUUUUCUUAUGUUGGAUUAUGUGGAAUUUCUUGCAGUAACUUCUUGGAGUGUCUGUUUGCUUGGCAAGCUGAGGGUGAUUAGAAAUCAGGUAGUUGAAUUCAGGCUAGCUCUUUCCCCUCUGUUUCCAGUCUUUGUGCUAAGCUAAGCUAAAUGGCUGCUGGCUAUAGCUUCAUAUUUACCGUAAGGAUUAGAAUCACAGUUUGGUUGAUUUUGAGUAAGAAGUAAAUGUGUCCUUUCAAUAGUGAACACCCGGUUCCUGUUCGUGCUCAAACCCACAGUACACAAGGUCUGGCUGUAAUCCUUGACUGAGCUGUGUGCUGUCUUGCGAGAGGAAAUGGUCCUUAAAGACCUCUUCGUGUUACGGGAUCGAGAAAGUAAUGUACUGUACUGUAGGGAGUCCAAUGUACUUUAAAGUCCAAACAAUAAAGAAAAAAGUGCACAGUGUUGACUGAAAUGGGUUGAAAUUGGAUUUGGAUAGGCUUUGAGGUCGUAUGGCUUAUUUUCAAGCUUUAAACUUCCAUUUCCUGGUUAACAAAGGUAAAAAAUUGGUUUUACAAGGCAAAUAAAUCAAAUUCUCAACCAUAAAGUUCCAACAUCUGCAUCUCUCCACACUUCGUAAUGGCAACUCAAUUCCCCGCUUCUCAUCAGAACUCUAGAGCCAUGACCUUCACCUGUGGACGCUGGUUGUGUGCCAAGACAUUACGUCUUCACAUUCUUUUACAGUCUGACUUCACACCAUUCAUUAAAAUGUGGCCCAUAGCUUCUCGUUCCUCGUUACAUUUUCCCUUUGUCCCCCUCCUCUGAAUUCUCUUCCUGUGCUCCAUCCUCAUUAUUUUCAUUGUCUCCCUGUUUUUACCAUGACACAGCAUUUGUGUGUGUACACAGGGUUCAUUCACAAGCUUGUGAACACAGGCCAUAACGGGGGGAAGCAGCAUUUUUACUAUCUCCCUUUUGAUUCACCCUUUGACUGAUAAAAGUUGUUUAAACAGCGAGGGCCCGGCUCAGGAAAGGAUGAGACGUUACUUUAUGCUGGUAUACAUGUGUUGUGACCUUUCUCUGAUCCAUUCCUUCUCUUUCUCUCACUUCAGCUGUCUGUUUUUGGUAAAUCUCCCUCUGUUUGCUGUGUUAAAUGCUGAUGAAUCACAGCAGAACAUUGUGUUUGUCUCUGGGAUUCACAUGGUUUUACAGUGCAGCUGGUUGGGCCGAUGAUGGCUUUGGGUUAGUCAUCUAUAACAGGCGGAGCUAUUGUCUAUGCAGAGAGGAAGGGGAGGUGUGUUGGUGGUUAUGAGAUUGUUGUAAAAGGCUUUGGGGUCUGGUUUGUGCUUGCUGGUUUGCUUUUAGGUUCUGUAAAGGUGUGUGUUAGCUAUGUGCACACCAAUGUGGUGAAAUCAUACUUGUUUCCAGUUUGAAUCAGUUUGUUUCAUAAAUUUUGAAUAAUCAGAGUAUUUUGUUCCAUCGGUGUGAUCAUUGACAGUAUAACAAACCGAUUUGUAUUGGAAACAGCGUGGAAUAAUUUACUACGGUGCCAGAAUUGUUCCCUUGUUUUAAGAAAAACUAUAAAUGUGUUUCCAUCUGUUUUCAGUGUUGGUGAGUAGUGAACUACAUGUAAUUUAACUAGUUUAACUACAUUUUACUGUAGCUUGCUGAUAAUUACAUACAUUUAUAUUUACAUUGUGAUUUAAGUACUUAAAUUACAUCUGCCAUUUUGGUGCCAUUAACUACUGAAACUACAAAUAGUUUUGGGCUAGGAAAAGAAUCCUUUUUUAUUUUUUAUUUUACCACUAUUUGAACAUACAUUUUAAUGUUUUGAAUCUUAAUUUGUAAAAAAUAAACUUGAAUAUAUUAGAUGUCAGUUAGUCAUUAGUCAAGUAUUGAUUUUUUUUAUUAACACAUUUUCAGAAUAAUUUUUCUAUUUUAUCUGUUACCCAGCUUGUAUGAUCCUUGGUGCACUACCCCACCUGGAAUCUAGUGUCUGAAAGGCAAGUGUCUGACUGAUGGGCAAACCAAAGCUUAUUAUGUAUGAGCUGUGAACAAGUGGGCAUUUUUUGCAGUAUACUCAAUUGAGUGGCAUUUUUUUGCUGGCGUGUGAUUUGUUUGUAUUAUAUUUUGUUAAAUUUUUAUAUAUUUAUAUAUAUAUAGAUAGAUAGAUAGAUAGAUA